AUGGCUGUUUGCGCAGCAAUUAUUGGAAAAGACAAUUCAUCGAAAUUUUUCGUUACUUUGAAUCCUGAUGAAGAAUUACACUUUCAGUAUAAGGUUCUUUCCUCCCUAGAUAUUAUUGAAGAUAAAUUAGCUACUGGGACUAAAGGAGGAGCGGACACUAAGGAAUUAUAUCUUGGAAUGCUGCUUUCUUUAGAAACAUACAAAAUCUACGGAUAUGUUACAAAUACGAAAAUUAAAUUCGUAAUAGUAGUAGAUUCUACUAACGUGGUGUUGAGAGAUAAUGAAAUAAGAUCGAUGUUCAGAAAAAUACAUUCCGAAUUUGCAGACAUAGUGAGCAAUCCAUUUUACAUCCCCGGAGAACCAAUUAUCUCCAAAAAUUUUACAACAAGCAUGAAAAAUAUAAUGACCGGCACUGUUUAA